AUGUCUUCGCAGUUAGAACGUAGAAUUCUCGAUCUGUUCGAGUGCCCCGUGUGUUCGGUCCACAUGUAUCCGCCUAUCCGACAAUGUGUCAGGGGCCACACCUUCUGUUCCGAGUGCUUUGACCGCUUUCAGAGGUGCCCCAUCUGCAGAGGAUCAAAAGGAGUUGGCUGCGAUUUUAUACUGGAGAGGAUAUAUCUGAAAUUGACGGUUCCCUGUAGGUAUAACUUCAACGGUUGCAAGUUCAGUGCGAAAGGAUUGACCGUGAAAGACCACGAGAUGUCUUGUGGGUUUUCUUCCGGCAGUAGACCACGUCGCGGAAAUAUAGCGAAGAAUUCGAAGAUACCAAGAAGAAUUCAGUAG